AUGGGAAACCCAGAACUUGACUUCAGUAGCAAGCAUACCGAGGCAGUCUCGAAUACCGAGGCAGUAUCCAACCAUCCACCAUAUUCUUCCGAUGAGCCACCCACAUACGGACAAUCAAACGCAUCAUACAGAGUAUCCCGCGACGGCUUUCCUAGUUCUGUGGUGGUGGUUGUUGAUGAAUGUAUCACCCACCUGAAACUUUUAUCCGCGAUCGCCAAACUUCGUAAUUUCAUUAAAGGAACAGACAAACUCUUUGGAAUUCACGAUGGUGAGAUCAGAAACUUUUCCAACAACCAGCAAGCCCAGGCAGCCGCCCGCAUUCGGGAAAAGAGAUGGGCUGUUUAUGUGGCUAGAGCUGUGGACCGAUUUACCAUUUGGUGGCAGUCUUACCUACCGAGUCUCAAAACCAGUCGCAUCUCAACGUUAAAUACUGCAUCUGAAGCCAAUAUAGCAUGGUCUGCUAACAUGAUGCCACCACUUGAUGUUAUCAUGGUCUGGCAUGCGUUUAUGCUUAACCCGCGUGCCUUUCUUGAGGAUUGUUUGCGUCAGUCUAAAAUGAGUGUCUGGGCCACUGGGCUGCCGUGGGAUGUAAUAAACGCAUCCAUCGACGACAAGACCCUUGUCUUCUACCCAGACAGAGACAGUGAAGCGAGGAUAAACUUCGAGACAAUAACAGGUCAUUCAUGGGAAAAUAUCCACGACAGUCCAGGGAAAUCCCUGCCUUGCUUCGGUUGUAAACAGGAAAUCAUUGCUCCCUGGACGGAAGGAUCAAUUGGAUGCGAUACAGAUGUCGCCUUUGCACACUGCACCGGAUAUGCGGACAAGUCUUUGCGGGUUUCAUGUCCAGCAUGCAAAUUCAAUACCACACACGAUACUCUUCGCGUGCAAAAGUUUCGCAGUGACGUGCAGAAGUUGUUGAAAGAUGAUAUUCCUAUGCCCGGCACGCUUUUGUCACAGAAUGGCACUCCCGCCGACGAUGAAAAUGGGGAUAACGUGUCCUUUCCAAAUCGGCUUAUUAAAGAGGGCAUCAGAAGCGAGUUCCUGCAGCUUACGGACCUCACGGAAAACGAAAGCACCACCAUUGAAACCAUCCGCGACCACCUCGAGGGAUAUUUGAAGAGUCGUUCAUUAAUGCGUCGCGUGAACAAGACAAUACUGGCUUCUGGGAAUUCAAGUAUGCCAGAAAGGAUAUCUCUUCGCAAUAUGCUCUCCAGAUAUUGGGACAAUUCAUCCCCUUUCGCCAUCGACUUGGUUGGGGCAGUCAUACGACAAGGGACGUUUGUGGACAAGAUGGACAAGAUCGGGUGGAUACGUUCACCAAACCUGAGAUCGACCAUGAGUCACUUCAUCGGCAAGUACGGCGUGUUCUUCCAAAUAAUGGUCAAGAAUAAAGGCCAUGCUGUUGUCCCCACUCUCGAUGUCGACCUGAUUUGGCACACCCACCAGCUUUCUCCCAUUCGCUAUUACAUCUUCUCUACCACGCAGAUGGAGGGAAUAUUCAUCAACCACGACGACAAAAUCGACGAGAUAAAGCUCAAUGACGCCUUCGCAUGGACCUCAAGACAAUACCAAAAACUCACCGGCGGAAAGAUCUACAGUGAAUGCACAUGCUGGUAUUGCGAGGCAGUGCGCGAGUCCAACAACCAGGGACUUGGGAGGCUGAUAUCACCGUCCACCCUGCAUGCCAAAACCAACGCCGCCCUUCUCCACAACAGUGCUGAUAAUACCACCGACGGUAAAAGCAAAGAGCCGCACAUUUCGUCACAUAACGCAGUUCGCAUCCUGGCUCAGGCUGAUCCAAAGGCAAUGCAGACCAAGACCGCCCAGCUUGAAUCGUGCUGGGGAGAAAGCGCAGCGACGAUCUCACAAUCGCAAUCACAGUAG